ACGCGCAGACAAUUUGAGGCUUAGGCAGGGCGGUAACUUUUGUCCUGAGUCCCGCCUGGUCCUGGAUUCCACGAGAAGUCUUGCAGCUCUGUGGUAGACAGGAGGUCACCGCAUUCUGCGUUCCGGUCGUCAGCCCAAUUUCUAGCGGAACAGAGCAAGACCGCGUCAGCGAACCAGGCCCACCAUGGCAGCGAACUAUUCCAGUACCAGCAGCAGGAAAGAACACGUCAAAGUGACUUCUGACCCCCAGCCAGGCUUCCUGGAGCGGCUGAGUGAGACUUCCGGCGGGAUGUUCGUGGGGCUAAUGACCUUCUUACUCUCCUUCUACUUAAUUUUCACCAACGAGGGCCGAGCACUGAAGACAGCCACCUCGCUUGCAGAGGGGCUAUCACUCGUGGUGUCCCCUGACAGCAUCCACAGUGUAGCUCCGGAGAAUGAAGGAAGACUGGUACACAUAAUCGGGGCCCUGCGGACUUCCAAGCUCUUGUCUGACCCAAAUUAUGGGGUCCAUCUACCAGCUGUGAAACUGCGACGGCAUGUGGAGAUGUACCAGUGGGUGGAGACAGAAGAGUCCAGUGAGUACACGGAGGACGGACAGGUGAAGAAGGAGACAAAGUAUUCCUACAACACAGAGUGGAGGUCAGAAAUUGUCAACAGCAGAAACUUUGACCGAGAGAUUGGCCACAAAAACCCCAGUGCCAUGGCAGUGGAGUCUUUCACAGCGACCGCCCCCUUUGUCCAGAUUGGCAGGUUUUUCCUCUCAGCAGGCCUCAUUGACAAGAUUGACAACUUCAAGGCCCUGAGCCUGGCCAAACUGGAGGACCCCCAUGUGGACAUCAUUCGCCGCGGAGACUUUUUCUACCACAGUGAAAACCCUAAGUACCCGGAGGUUGGUGAUGUGCGAGUCUCCUUUUCUUAUGCGGGACUGAGCAGCGAUGACCCUGACCUGGGCCCGGCUCACGUGGUUACUGUGAUUGCCCGGCAACGAGGUGACCAACUAAUCCCAUAUUCCACCAAGUCCGGGGACACCUUGUUGCUCCUGCACCAUGGGGACUUCUCAGCUGANGAGGUGUUUCGUAGAGAACAGAAGAGCAAUUCCAUGAAGACAUGGGGCCUGCGGGCAGCUGGAUGGAUGGCCAUGUUUAUGGGCCUCAACCUCAUGACACGGAUCCUCUACACCCUAGUGGACUGGUUUCCUGUCUUCCGAGAUCUUGUCAACAUUGGCCUGAAAGCCUUUGCCUUCUGUGUGGCCACCUCCCUGACCCUGUUGACUGUGGCUGCUGGCUGGCUCUUCUACCGACCGCUGUGGGCUGCUCUAAUCGGCUGCCUGGCUCUGGUGCCCAUUAUCAUUGCACGGACCCGGGUGCCAGCCAAAAAGCUGGAGUGAAGCCUGAGAGGCCAGGUUCCCUGUCACCUCUGCCGAGCUCAGCUGGAGCAGGCAUCUACACACCCCAUUCUUCAAGGGGCCAGUGUCCACACCUGCAUGUAGGGGUUCGGUGUCCUNCUUAAUGCCUUCCCCUCUCGGGCUUCAUUCCACCCAGCUGUCAGCUGACCUGCUGGUGAAGGGCUCAGCCUUCUCACCCAUCCCUCCUUGCUGGAACCAAGUGCCAAGACUACCACAACCAUCAGCUACAACUGCAACCUAAGAAAACAGAAAUCACUCUCUACUGCGGGGCCACACCACAUCAGUAGGACACUCCAUACCCAGGCUUGGAGGAGUGCACGCCACACCAAGCCUCUGGGUAGAAUCUGAUGUGGCCUGAGGAAACCCUGAAGAUAUUAUCCCAGAGGUCACUGUCACUGUGGC